AUGGCGCCGGUCCCUCCCCCCCAGGAGGGCACCGUGGCCGUCAUGGUGCGAGUGCGACCCCUUGCCCCCAGCGAGGCAGCCACGCAGCACCCGCUGCUGAGGGUCGUCGACCAUCACACCCUCGUGUUCGACCCUGAGGAGUCUGCUGGUCCCUCCAGCUGUGUGCUGCCUGCUCGCCGGACCAAGAACCCAGGGAAACAUCAGAAGUUCGUCUUCGACCGGGUUUUUGCUGAGCAGGCCACACAGGAGGAGGUGUUCCAGCACACCACCCGUGGCAUGGUCGACACCGUCCUCGAUGGUUACAACUGCUCUGUGUUUGCCUAUGGUGCAACAGGAGCAGGGAAAACCUACACCAUGCUGGGCUCGGAGAAGAGCCCUGGCAUCAUCUACCUCACCAUGGUGGAGCUGUACAAGAGGCUUGAGGCUAGGAAGGAGGAGAAGAGCUACGAGGUCCUGGUCUCCUUCCAGGAGGUCUACAACGAGCAGAUCCAUGACCUGCUGGAGCCCAAGGGCCCUCUGACCAUCCGUGAGGAUCCCGAGAAAGGAGCUGUGGUCCAGGGUCUCUCCUUCCACCAGCCCAGCUCUGCAGAGCAGCUCCUGCAGAUGCUGCUGAGUGGCAGCAGGAACCGGACGCAGCAUCCCACGGAUGCCAACGCCUCCUCUUCCCGCUCCCAUGCUGUCCUCCAGGUCUACGUGAAGCAGCAGGACUGUGCUGGUGGCCUCAGUGGGGCUGUGCAGGUGGCCAAGAUGAGCUUGGUUGACCUGGCAGGCUCGGAGCGAGCUUCGGUGGCCAACACCAGGGGCGAGCGGCUGCGGGAGGGAGCCAACAUCAACCGCUCGCUGCUGGCCCUGCUCAGCGUCAUCAAGGCGCUGGCUGAGGCCAAGAGCAAGCACAGCCACAUCCCCUACCGGGACAGCAAGCUGACGCGGCUGCUGAAGGACUCCAUCGGCGGCAAC